GGGGGGUUAAAAAAACAAAAAACAACAAUGUAUUUAAUACCCUUUUUGCAUCAUUACAUUUGAUGAGACUUACGACAGUGGUCAGUUUCAUAGUAUUUAUCAUUUGAAGAUAUUUUCUUAAAUAGCAGGGUCAGAAAACGAUCUAAGAACAUUUGUCAAUAACAUUUCCCAGUCACAUGUCACAGACCACAGUAAGCUGCAUAAUAUCUUGUCCCAGCUCAAACAAAGACCCCCAUUCAAAACAAAGCAGGGCAUGUGAACUCAUGCCGCCAAAUGGUGUAAGCCACAGGGGAGAAAACUGGAUAGAAAAGGUUUCUCUUCAUACAAGCAAAAAAAAAACUCAGCAUUAUUCAUAAACUUGUAUGAAUUACACUCCAGUAAAAAUUGCUUUUCUCUAGAGCUACCAGAAUUAUAUUCACACACAUUUUUCAUCAUGAAGACACACGAUGCAGUGAGGUGAAUCACACUUCAGCAAUAUGAAAAAGGCAAACAUGUAAAGGAGGGGCCCGAGUGGCGCAUCACUAAGCUUCGCCGCCGCCGAGAUGAACUGGGAAAGGGAGGGCGAUGUAUUUGCCAUGUCAACUGUGGCACAGCUGCUUCCAGACGAUGUCCGACGGCGAGCUGGUCAAGAAAAUGCUGAGGGUCAUCCUCCAAGCCAACAAGGGUGGAAUGUCGCUGUCCCGUCUGCAGUCUGAGUACAAGGAGCUGACCGGUGAGCAGAUUCCACAUAAACAGAUGGGACACAACCAUCUGGACACCCUGCUGGCCAGCAUGCCCUCCGUCGUCCACGUGGACCGCAGCCGCUCUGGAGAGGUGGCGUAUUUUGCCUCUGUGGACAAAGACACGGCCCAUGUUGCCAAGGUGAUGGCCCGCCAGCGGGGCUCCAAGAAGCCUGGGCGACCCCACCUGGUGAACACCCAGAUGAGGGUCAAACCAACAGCCCUGCUUGUCCUUAAUGCAAAACCUCAAACCUCCCUGAGGCAGCCGAACUACCGCGGACGCGGCGGAGCUAGGGGAGGCGCCGGCCGAGGCAGCGGACACGGGGACGUCAGACAGUCAAGGGACGUGAGGGAUGGACAGACAGAGGGCAGGACGGCCUCGCAACUCCUAAAGAGCACACCCAACAGGUCGGAAAAGAGGAUGACACUCCCAUCGCGGUUUCAGAAGGAGGUACAGGCUCACCUUUCCAGAAACUCCCAACAGACUAGUCCACCUUCGCAUUUAAAUGAGAAUUUGGACGGUGGCAAAGGCAAAGUCUACAACCCUCAGCAGGUCCAGAGCUGCAUCGAGGAUAUUCUGUCCCAGUACAGCAAUGGCUUCUGGGUGUCCAAACUGCCUCAGAUCUACAAAGAACUUUAUAACCAGGACCUGCCAACUGAGGCCAUCGGAGACCUGGAGACCUGGAAGCACAUAUGCACUGUCGAGAGAACAUGCAGCAGUAACCCAUCCGAGCUGCUUCUCUACCCCGCCAAGGUUCAGACCACCGCGUCUUCCAGCUCCGCAUUAGACAAAUCCCUGCGGUCCCCCGUCCACCAGAGACCCCAACUGAAACGCUCCGGCUCUCGUCCUCCUCCGUCAACAUCCUCGCCGUCCCCCAGUCCUCCCUCUUCGCCGGCUUCCCUUAGCCCCGAGCUGAAGCUGAAGCUGGAGGAACUGCUGCGGAAGUAUUCCAGCGGCCUGUGGGCCCACGCGUUGCCCAAGCUUUUCCAGGACACCUAUAAAACGAAACUGCCCGCACACGUCCUCGACAACCUUCAGCUCCUCUCCGACGUCUGCACCGUCGACUACCCGAUGCCCGACAACCCGAAGAGGGCCAUCCUGUACAGGAGGAGCAGCAGCAGCAGUAGCAGCAGCAGCGCUGGAGGAGGAGCGGAAGACGAGAAAUGUCACAGGAGAGCCUCGUCGGCCGGCGAGGAGGAGCAGAGGGUGAAGCGAGAGGCGGCCAAGAGACUCUGUGAUCACUCAGUGCCUGCCCUGCACAUCCCCAAAGAAGAGUAUCCGUCUGUGCUGGUGGUGGAAGCCACAAACACCAAUGAAGUCGUUUUAAGGUAUAUAGGUGAGAGCUACUCGCAAGCUCAGGAGCGUAUGGAGGAUGAAAUGCGGGAAUUUUACUGCCUGGACAAGAACAAGGUAACUCCUUGCUCAUCUCCAUUCUCGGGUCAACUUGUGGCUGUCGAGGCUGAGGAGGAGGAGGAGGUUCUGAGGGCUCAGAUCUGCGAGCUCGUGGCAGAUAAGGUUAAGGUGCACUUUGUGGAUCAUGGCUUCUCAGAAGUCGUUAGCAAAGCCAAACUUUUUGAGCUGCAUGAGAAAUUCUUAAGACUCCCUUUCCAAGCCACCAAGAGCCAACUAGCAGGCCUAGAGCCCUUCUCUCAGGAGCCCGCUGUGCUGAAGACCUUCGAGGCGAUGGCGAGCGGUCAGAUCCUUUUGGCCGAAAUCCUGCAGAGAGGCCAGACCCCUCUGAUGGUGUUAUACGACACGUCGCAGGAUGACGACGUCAACAUCAACGCCGCCUGCAUGAAAGCCCUGCAGGACAAGACUUUGAGCAGUCCCUUACAGGUUAACAGUGCUUACAUGAACGUGAGCGUCACUAGUGUCUGCUCUGAUGGGACCGUCUACUGUCAGCUGCCCUCCAGAGGUCUCGCCAAGCUCAGUGAGAUCCUGGAGAACGUCGAGACAUACUUCCACUCGCAGGUAACGUCGGAAUUCUUGGUGUCCAGACCAUUCUGCGGCAAAGGAUGCAUGGCUCGGUUCAAAGGCAAGUGGUCCCGCGUUGAGAUCACAAACCUACACGGCAGCAGAGUGUUGGACAUCCUCUUCCUUGACGUGGGAAUCCAGGCUUCCGUGGAGGUGUUUGAGCUCAGGGAGAUCCCGCAGAAGUUCCUCCGUGACCUUAUGGCCAUCCCGCCACAGGCUGUCAAGUGUUGCCUGGCAGAACUGUCUGUCAGCGUCGGGUCGUGGACUCCAGAUGCUGUCCAGUGGCUUCGGGAGAAAGUUCUCAACACCACCGACUGCAGCAUGAAGGUGACCAAAGUGGACAAAAGCAAACAGUGCGUCUACGUACACCUCUUCACUGACAAGAACUUCCACGAGCCGGCCUGUAGUCUCAACCAUCAGAUGGCCCGUUUGGACCUGUUCAAACAGCAACCUGAUGUCUAUCUGACCAGCCACAGUCCCAUCAAGACCUCCACACUCGCCGCGCCCACCAAGACCUCUAGCGGCAGCGACAUCAGCAACGGCAGCCCAAAGUCCGCUCCGGUUGCAGCCAGGUCUCAUCUCAGAAGGGUCCCGUCCGGAGCCAAGGGGACCCCCGGCAGCCCACCUGGGGCGCGGUCAUUCCCCUCCCCCUCUCUCCAGCUGCCACCCCUGCUGGAGCUGCCCCCUGCAGGAAACAACUUGGACGUGUACGUAUCGGUGGCGUGCCAUCCGGGCCACUUUGUGCUCCAGCCCUGGAGGGACAUGUACAAACUGGUCGUGCUGAUGGGGGAGAUGAUCCUCUUUUACAACCAAAUUGAUGAAACACUGCUGAAUGUGCAGAAGAAUCAGAUAUACGCUGCUAAAGUGGAGUAUAACUGGUAUCGUGUUUUAGUCAAGGGGGUUCUCACCAAUGGGCUGGUGUCUGUUUAUGAGUUGGACUACGGUAAGCACGAGCUGGUGAGCUGCACGCAGCUCAGAGCUCUUAACGAGGAGUUCCGACAGCUGCCCUUCCAGGGAAUCACCGCCCAGCUGGCCGGAGUGAAGACGAGGCAGUGGUCCGAGGAAGCUUCCAUCGUCUUCAGGAACCACGUGGAGAAGAAGCCCCUCGUGGCCCAGUUGGAGGCAGCGCAGGAGGCCGCGAACCCCUGGGACAGGAAGCUGACCGUCUUCCUGGUCGACACCUCGCAGCAAGACAACGACAUCUGGGUGCAUGACAUCAUGGCAGAGUUUGCGGAUGAACUCACCGGCGACGUGAAGAUGUAGGUUAUAAAAUGUGGACAAUUUUAGCAUUGCUAGUUUGCCUCUGAAAACUUUAUCCAGUUAUAAACGUUUCCGGGAACUGAAAGAAGAAUGGAAACAGGAGGAGACUACGGGCAAAGUAACGUAAGAGCAGCAUGGAUCAAAUAUUGCCUCCUGCUGCCCAUAUUUGCUACUUGAUCUCAUGCUUGACUGCAGUGCUGCAGAAAUAGUGGCAAAAUCUGCUGAGCUACGCUCUUGACUUUGGCGUUCUAGUGGCAAAUAUUAGCAUCCUUUCCAGCUAGUAUGCAGAUAUUAUUUGAAGUUAAUGGAUGCAUGUCAGUUUGAAAGUAUGCACAACAUUCCACUUUUUUAAAUGUCUUUUUUGCCCCCUCUUAGCAGCUGCACAAAUGACUUUAAAAUGCUGUUGACCGGACAACGUGCUGAUCUGCACUGUUAACUAAUUUAUUAUUGAAUUGAAUCUUACACGGUUAUUUGCAUUUUAUUUAACCAAAAGCUAAAAAGAGUUGUGGAAUAAAGUUGAUGUGACACAAGUA